UAUUGCAUUCACACCACGUGGCUAUUGGCAAUCACGACGAAACCGAUAUGAUUUGUUGGUCACGGUUGCUGGCGUCGUUUGGAUAUUUCUGCAAACUACAUUGCGCAGUCACUUAUCGUAUUUUAUCGGUUUUAUGGUGUUUGCAAAUCUUUCUUCAUUAUCUUUGGAAUGUUUCUCCUGGUAUUUUUCUACGCUCUGGCUGGAACCAUCUUAUUUGGUACGGUAAAAUACGGCGAGGGUAUUGGACGUCGUGCUAAUUUUGAAACACCAAUAACUAGCGUGGCCAUGUUGUUUCGAAUUGUAACGGGAGAAGAUUGGAACAAAAUCAUGCAUGAUUGCAUGGUACAGCCACCCUAUUGUACUGUCUCUGAAAACUAUUGGGAAACUGAUUGUGGGAACUUCACGGCGAGUCUGACAUAUUUCUGUACAUUCUAUGUUAUCAUCACAUAUAUCGUACUUAAUCUACUUGUUGCUAUUAUCAUGGAAAAUUUUUCGCUGUUCUACUCGAAUGAAGAAGAUGCGUUACUUUCCUAUGCGGAUAUCAGAAACUUCCAGAAUACUUGGAAUGUCGUCGAUAUACAUCAGCGGGGGGUAAUUCCGGUUCGACGCGUGAAAUUCAUUUUAAGAUUAUUAAAGGGUAGGCUGGAGUGCGACCCACAAAAAGAUCGAUUAUUGUUCAAAUAUAUGUGUUAUGAACUGGAUAAGCUACACAAUGGAGAAGAUGUCACAUUCCAUGAUGUUAUCAAUAUGCUGUCCUAUCGUUCGGUUGAUAUACGAAAAGCGUUGCAACUUGAAGAGCUUUUAGCACGAGAAGAAUUUGAGUACAUUAUAGAAGAGGAAGUGGCAAAGCAAACCAUUCGAACCUGGCUCGAGGGGUGUUUGAAGAAAAUUCGAACGCAGAACGCGAUUCGUUUCUUCGGCAGAGGUGGUAUGUUUUAUUUUGUCAAAGUUUUUUGUUUGAUAGUGCAACAACGUUUUUUAUAACCAAUUUGUUCCCAUUAUUCCACACUUAUUUCAUAAGGAAAAUAAGAAUUACCGUAAUGUUUCUGAUCCAGUCUGUGAUACUCAACACUGCGGUUUCUUGAAAGUUCCAAAAUAAAAUAGACCCGAAGUGCCAAAUGGUGCUAACAAGGGAGCUACAAGUACUUUAUAUCAUAUGGCAACACCUGUCAAAUUAGACGUCUACUUUUUUUUCUCUCCGUCUAUUUUCAACAAAUUUGUUUGUUUUUAAAUUGUUUUUCGUCUUAAUUAUACGAUAUUUUACAUCAAAUUAAAAGUUUAAGUCCUGUUUUACCUCAGCAAUAUAAAGUUUUCGUUCGAAAUUUAUUUUUGUGUACAGUUUCAGUGUAUAAUUUCUUCAAG